AUGCCGCCCAAGACCGAAAGCGAGAUGGCCGAGCGCCGUACGCGCUAUCUGGAGGCGGUCCCCGAGGAUCGUGACAACCAGGUCGCCAAGCUGCUCCAGACCUACAGUCACAUCCCCGCCGACAAAGUUACGCCGCAUCUCCACGCCAUACGCGACCGUGCAUGGGCCGUAUUUCCGUACACGUGCAUCGGUUCCUGGCGUUUCCUGGACCUCUACUUCACCAAGCUGCCUGUGUAUGCAUCCGUCGUGGAGCGGCUCCGGGACGGUGGCGACCGCUUGCUCGAUGCAGGCUGCUGUUUUGGUUACAUGCUGCGCCAGCUUGCGGCCGACGGUGCCCCGACGGCCAACCUCGUCGGCUCGGACCUCGAGCAGCUGUUUAUCGAUCUCGGGUUCGAUCUGUUCCGUGACCGCGACACAUUCAAAGGCACCUUCGUCGCGGCCGACAUGCUUGAGGAUGAUGAGGCAGGCGCAGGCCAAAAGGAGCUAACCGCCCUUGACGGCACUCUUGACGUGGUACACGCCGCCAGCUUCUUCCACAUAUUCAGCUGGGAAGACCAGGUGCGACUGGGCGAGCGCGUGGUGCGCUUCUUCCGGCCUGCGGACAAGACCAAGGCGACCAACUCGGGUCAACCGCGGCUGUUGUUUGGGCGACAGGUCGGCAACAUUGCGCCCGUCGACCGUGCUACACUGGCAGCGCGCGGCGAGUACAGGUUCCACCACAACCCGGCGACGCUACAGCAGCUGUGGGACGAGAUCGGCGAGCGCACCAAGACCAAGUGGCGUGUGGAGGCGGAACUUGUUCCGGAGGCGCGGCCUGAGAAGCGGCAGCCGGCGACGGAUGGGGCCAAGAAAAAGGAGGACCACUACAUGAUCCGUUUUGCCAUUUACCAGGAGGAAUAG